AUGGUCCUGGGAAACUGGACCUCUGUCACAGUGUUUUUCUUUCUGGGAUUUUCUCAAUACCCCAGAAUUGAAGUCACCAUAUUUGUGCUGAGUCUGCUGAUGUACCUGAUCACCUUGCUGGGAAAUACUAUUCUGAUCUCCAUCACUAUCCUUGAUUCUCAUCUGCAUACUCCCAUGUACUUUUUCCUCAGCAACCUCUCCUUUCUAGACAUCUGGUAUACCUCUUCUGCUCUCACUCCUAUGCUGGCAAACUUUGUUUCAGGGAAAAACACCAUUUCAUUUUUGGGAUGUGCUUCUCAGAUGUACAUCUCUCUUGCCAUGGGCUCCACUGAAUGUGUGCUUCUCUCUAUGAUGGCCUAUGACAGGUAUGUGGCCAUCUGCAACCCUCUGAGAUAUCCCAUUAUUAUGAACAGGAAAGUUUGUGUACAGAUUGCAGGCAGCUCCUGGGUUACAGGCUGCCUCACUGCCUUAGUGGAAACUGGACCUGUGAUUCAUCUGUCUCUCUGUGGUGGCAUCAUCAAUCAUUUCACCUGUGAAAUUUUGGCUCUCUUAAAAAUGGCCUGUGGAGACACUUUCAUGGUGCAGGUAAUUAUGUUAGUGAUCAGCAUCCUUCUUCUCCCAUUGCCAAUGUUGCUCAUUUGUGUCUCCUAUGCAUCCAUCCUCUCCAACAUCUUGAAGAUCAGCUCAGUGGAUGGCCGAAGCAAAGCUUUUUCAACAUGUGCAGCCCACUUGACUGUGGUGGUUCUGUUCUAUGGGACAGCUCUCUCCAUGUACCUGAAGCCCUCAUCUGUAAACUCACAGGAAAUAGAUAAAUUUAUGGCACUGAUAUAUGCUGGACUAACACCAAUGCUAAAUCCUAUUAUCUACAGUCUACGGAACAAGGAAGUAAAAGUGGCUGUGAAAAAAUUGUUGAUGAGAAACCCUAUCAGUUCUAUCUUAACUUCUGUCCUCAAAUAA